AUGUUUACGUUGCUUUCUUUUGCUUUUUGUUUAAUAAUUUUCGUAUAUAUUAAAAGACCUCGACUCAACCAGAAUGAACCUCCACUUGUCCCGUAUACCAUUCCAGUGAUUGGUCAUACGUACGAUUUUCUAUUCAAUAGUGACAAAUUUAUUAGGAAAUGUAUAAAAGAGUAUGGAGAACCCUUUAAUGUUAUUGUAUUUGGAAGGGUAACAACUGUUGUAUCCCAACAAUAUUUACCAGAAGUGUUUAGAGCUCAUGAAAGUUUUGAUGUUUUUGAAGUUCUUGAAGAGAUAUUUCCUAUGCACGUGAUCUUAAAUCAUGAUUUAGACUUUAAUUUUCAUGCCAAAACCGUUAGAGAACAGAUUAGCGGUAAAUUAAAAUACCAUAUCCAUAAUAUUCAGAAAAACAUUUUGUACGGUAUUGAUAAAUGGAUCGGAGAAUCUAAUGGCAAAAAUGAUAGAGUAGUUUGGGACAUAGCGAAUCAUAUCGUUGCAAAAUCAACUGCGCAUACUUGCGAAGCGUCGAAUUAUGAUGAUAUUACUCACACUUUUGCUACCUUAUCUGAUGAAAUCUUUAAAGUCUUUUCAAUCCCUCCAAUCCUUUCUUUCAUUCACCCCAAAUUACAUGGAUAUUUUCUUACGUUACCAUUUUUAAUUGGAUUUAAUCCAAUAACUAAACACAAAAACAUUCUCAUAAAUCGUAUCAAACCUGUAGUCGAGAAACGAAUUCAACAAAAACGAGAACUUGGCGAUUUAUAUCAACCACAUGAUGAUUUGUUAGAAUUUUAUAUGUCAAAUCCAGAUUUUGACUCGACAAAUGUAGAUUAUCAAAAAUUGGCAAACUUGAUAGCUUUUAUGAUUAUCGUUGGUAUAAUAACCACGGGAAGAAGUGCCGCAAACCUUUUAUAUGAUUAUGCGAGUAGACCAGAGUAUUGGGAUGAGUUAUAUGAAGAGGCGUUAAAAAUCGAUAAGGAAUCCAACGAAGAACUAACGGUUGAUGAUGUUGAUAAAAUGAAGAAAUUGGAUAGUUUUGUCAGGGAAUCUCUUCGACAUACGAUUGUUACUCCUCAUGCUGUUGUUGCAAAACAAUAUACUUUUUCAAACGGCUAUACGAUUCCAAAAGGUCGACAGGUAUACGAUUUUUCCGAAGGUUGUUUAUUUUCCGAAUCACAAUACGGACCAGAUCCAAAAUCAUUUAAACCAUUUCAAUUCCUUUCACAAAAUGUAUCGGCAACAAAGAUUGACAAAAGUUAUGUAAUCUUUGGUGGAGGUCGUCAUGCAUGUCCCGGUAGAUUUUACGCUGUCAUGACAAUGAAGUUAUUCUUACAUAAAAUCAUGUUAAAAUAUAAAGUUAGUACCGAAGAAGGCGGUGUAGUAAAGAAGAAAAUGUUGGGACCUUUAGCUUUGCCACCUAAGGUCCCUUUGGUGUUUGAAAGGAGGGAGAAAGGAAUUUAA